GUCCGAUGCCAACGGUCUCCACUGUCAAUCUCACGGCACCACUCCUCCUCCUGUUGCUAUGGGCAACCCACCCCACCAUGGCAACCAACUGGCUAUCCCUGGCGAGGCUGCCUCGCUCCAGGCCUGUGUCCGGUGCCGCCCCGUGCGCACGACUGAGGGGGCUAACCCCGGGGCAGGUCGGGGUGUGCAGGGCACGGGGGGAGGUCAUGGAGUCUGUACGCAAGGCUGCCGAGAUGGUCAUAGAGGAGUGUCAACACCAGUUCCGGAAUCGCCGCUGGAACUGUUCCACCACCCCCCGUGGAAUCAAUGUAUUCGGCAGAGUCAUGUACCAAGGCACUCGCGAGGCAGCCUUUGUGCAUGCUUUGUCCUCGGCGGCCGUGGCAGUGGCGGUGACCCGAGCAUGCACACGCGGAGAGCUGGAGAGGUGUGGCUGUGACAGGAAGGUCAGGGGGGUCAGCCCCGAGGGUUUCCAGUGGUCCGGCUGCAGUGACAACUUGUCCUAUGGCGUCGCCUUCUCCCAGACUUUUGUGGAUGAACCGGAACGAGCUAAGGGCCUGUCGGCCGGACGACCACUGAUGAAUCUCCACAACAACGAGGCUGGUCGGAAGGCCAUACUUCACAACAUGCAGGUGGAGUGUAAGUGUCACGGCGUCUCCGGCUCCUGUGAGUUGAGGACCUGCUGGAAAGUCAUGCCGCCAUUCCGGCGGGUUGGCAUCGUGCUCAAGGAGCGCUUCGACGGAGCCACGGAGGUCCGCCUGACUCGUAUCGGAUCUAGGACCGCCUUGCUGCCUCGUGACUCGCAGGUUAAACCCCCUGCUGCCAGAGACCUUGUCUACCUUGCACCAUCCCCAGACUUCUGUCACCUGGACCCUGACAACGGUAUCCCCGGCACAGCAGGCAGAAGAUGCAAUGGAACUUCCCGGCUAGCCCCGGACGGAUGCGAGUUGGUUUGCUGCGGUCCAGGUUACAGAGCUGGCCGAGCCGAGGUGGUGCAGCGGUGCUCAUGCAAGUUCUCCUGGUGCUGCUCGGUCCGCUGCCAGCAGUGCAAGAACACGGUCACUAUUCACACAUGCAGAGUUUAA